AUGGCAGUCCACGUAUUCGGUACCUCCUACCCUCGUGCUGAUUUCUUCGACUUCAAUCUGAAGUUUUUGUUCUACGUUGGCUUAUGGCCUGAUGAGAACAGGUUGUCUAAUCAGCUUUACAGAAUCUACCAGUAUUCCUUAUUUAUUGGUUCAAUCAUCUUCCUCAUCUCUACUGGCAUAGGGACGUACAUGUCAAAAGAUGACGUCAUCAGGCUACUAUCCAAUGUGGAUAAGGUCACAAUUACCUACAAUUAUUUCUUCAAGAUCAUGAUUUUCUUGAUUAAGCACGAGCAAAUCAAAAGUAUCAUCUCCUCCAUUCUUCACUCCGGGGAUCAAAUUGACGUUAACCGUAAAUAUCUCAUGAAGAUCCAUGUAGUCAUGGUCACUCUAUUGGUAACCUCAAUUACUGGAGCUUUCCAGUUCUUGGCGCAGAUUAAAGGAGAGUUAAUAAUGGAUGCGUGGUUCCCUUUUGAACCAAAGAAGAAUAAGUUGACGUUUCUGGCAGCAACUCUGAUUAUUUCGAUUCUGUUUGUGCUACCGUUCAUGUUUAGAGCCAUAGCCAUUCAGGGUAUAGUGUGUAGCGUAGUGAUGUACCUCUGCGAUCAGUUAGUUGAAAUGCAGAGACGGUUGAAGGCUUUGAAGUACUCUGUGGAGAGCGAGACAUAUUUGAGAGAAGAGUUCAAGGAUAUCCUGAAGAAACAUAUUCGUCUCAUGGAGUAUUCCAAGUCAAUAAAAUCGGCUUUUAAUGAGUUUUUUCUUGUUCAAAACUUGGCGAUCACAGCAGAGCUAUGUCUUAAUGCUCUUAUGAUGUCUUUAAUUGGGCUGGAACAAAAGAAUCAUCUAGUAUCUUUCAUGGCUUUUCUGAUGAUGGCUUUAUUCAAUGCAUUCAUUUUCUGUCAUUUGGGCAACAACUUGAUAGAUGAAAGUGCAGGCAUAUCGCUAGCAGCAUACGAGUCCACCUGGAUAUCUUGGCCGGUAGACCUGCAGCGAGACCUGCUCAUAGUAAUCACGGUGGCUCAGAAGAGCUUGAGCCUCACCGCUGGGGGCAUAGCCGAUAUGUCUAUGCAGACUUAUGCACAGGCUCUAUACAACGGAUACUCAAUUUUUGCAGUUCUCCGAGACGUCGUCAAUUAA